UCCGGCUCGGCACCUCCGCGCGCUGCUUCUUCGCCCCUUCCCCCGCCGUGGCCCGCAGCCUGCUCAGCCCCGCAAACCCUUGCACGAUGGCCGCCUCCGUGUGGUCGUCCGUGUCCUCCCGUAGCGCCGACUGAGCCUCCCCUUCCUCCUCCUCCUCUUCCUCCAGGGCCGGAUCCUGAGGAGAAACCUCGCGCCUCAGGGCUUGGGGCGCCCGCCUGGAAGAGCGCGACUCCCCUUUCCUCUUCUCUGAAGCCAGAAAAGUGGGGUGCUCCCUGUUGCUCCAGGGUCAGAAGCCAAAGAGGGUGCACCCCCUUUCUGCUCCUGCGAGGCCUGGGCUUGUUGUCUCCCCUCAACUCCUGGUGCUGCCAGGCCUCUCUCUGGCUUUUCGGGGUGCAAAGCAAUGGAGCUGCAGAAGGGGAAGGGGGCAACAGCGGGAGCGGCGGCAGGUGCAGGAGGAGCGGGCACGGGAACCCCAGGAGGGGGAAGGCUGCUCCUUGCCACCAGUUUGGAUGCCAAGGAUGAGUUAGAGGAGCGGUUGGAGAGGUGUAUGAGCAUUGUGACAUCGAUGACUGUGGGUGUCUCCGAGAGAGAGGCUAACGAUGCCCUGAACGCUUAUGUGUGCAAAGGUCCACCUCAGCACGAAGAAGUUUGCCUGGGUCUCUUCACCCUGGUCCUCACUGAACCUGCUCAGGCUCAGAAGUGUUACCGGGACUUGGCUCUGGUGAGUCGUGAUGGCAUGAAUAUUGUCCUGAACAAAAUCAACCAGAUACUCAUGGAGAAGUACUUGAAGUUACAGGAUACCUGCCGGACUCAGCUGGUGUGGUUGGUGCGGGAGCUGGUGAAGAGUGGGGUUCUGGGAGCCGAUGGUGUUUGCAUGACAUUUAUGAAGCAGAUUGCUGGUGGGGAUAUUACAGCGAAAAAUAUCUGGCUGGCAGAGAGUGUUCUGGAUAUCCUGACGGAGCAGAGGGAGUGGGUGCUGAAGAGCAGCAUCCUCAUUGCCAUGACCAUCUAUACUUACCUCCGCCUUAUCGUCGACCACCACGGCACCGCUCAGCUCCAGGCCCUGCGGCAGAAGGAGGUGGACUUUUGCAUCUCCCUGCUUCGGGAGCGGUUCAUGGAAUGUUUGAUGAUUGGCCGGGACCUUGUCAGGCUGCUCCAGAACGUUGCCCGGAUCCCAGAAUUUGAGCUGCUGUGGAAAGAUAUCAUUCACAACCCUCAGGCCUUGAGCCCACAGUUCACAGGUAUCCUUCAGCUUCUCCAGUCAAGAACAUCCCGGAAAUUUCUAGCAUGUCGUCUAACCCCAGAUAUGGAGACGAAGCUCCUCUUCAUGACAUCCCGGGUACGCUUCGGUCAGCAGAAGCGAUACCAGGACUGGUUUCAGCGCCAGUACCUGUCAACCCCAGACAGUCAGUCUCUGCGCUGUGACCUCAUCCGCUAUAUCUGUGGGGUGGUACACCCUUCCAAUGAAGUGCUGAGUUCUGACAUCUUGCCCCGGUGGGCCAUUAUCGGCUGGCUCCUGACCACGUGCACGUCUAAUGUCGCUGCAUCCAACGCCAAGCUGGCUCUGUUCUAUGACUGGCUCUUCUUCAGCCCUGACAAGGACAGCAUCAUGAACAUAGAGCCGGCUAUCCUGGUCAUGCAUCACUCCAUGAAGCCACACCCGGCCAUCACCGCCACCCUGCUGGACUUCAUGUGCCGGAUCAUCCCCAACUUCUACCCCCCACUGGAGAGCCAUGUGCGGCAGGGCGUCUUCUCUUCGCUCAACCACAUUGUGGAGAAGCGGGUCUUGGCACAUUUGGCUCCCCUAUUUGAUAACCCUAAACUGGAUAAGGAGCUUCGGGCAAUGCUGAGGGAGAAGUUUCCUGAAUUCUGCAGUUCGCCGUCCCCACCUGUGGAAGUCAAAAUUGAAGAGCCAGUAUCUAUGGAAAUGGACAACCAUAUGUCGGACAAGGAUGAGAAUUGCUAUGACAACGCAGAGGCUGCCUUCAGCGAUGAUGAGGAAGAUCUCAACAGCAAAGGAAAGAAGCGUGAGUUUCGCUUCCACCCAAUUAAGGAGACUGUGGUGGAAGAGCCUGUGGACAUUACCCCAUACCUAGACCAGCUGGAUGAGUCCCUCAGGGACAAAGUGCUACAGCUGCAGAAGGGCAGCGAUACCGAGGCCCAGUGUGAGGUCAUGCAGGAAAUCGUGGACCAAGUACUGGAGGAAGACUUUGACUCGGAGCAGCUGUCCGUCCUCGCCUCUUGCCUCCAGGAGCUCUUCAAGGCCCAUUUCCGGGGGGAGGUGCUGCCUGAGGAGGUCACAGAGGAGUCACUGGAAGAGUCUGUGGGGAAGCCUCUCUACUUGAUAUUCAGAAACCUGUGCCAGAUGCAGGAGGACAAUAGCAGCUUCUCCUUGCUUCUGGACCUCCUCUCCGAGCUCUAUCAGAAGCAGCCCAAGAUCGGCUAUCACCUGCUCUAUUACCUGAGGGCCAGCAAAGCCGCUGCUGGGAAGAUGAACCUGUAUGAGUCCUUCGCUCAGGCCACACAGCUGGGUGACCUGCACACCUGCCUCAUGAUGGACAUGAAGGCCUGUCAGGAGGAUGACGUGCGCCUGCUGUGCCACCUCACGCCCUCCAUCUACACUGAGUUCCCAGAUGAGACCUUGCGGAGCGGGGAGCUGCUGAACAUGAUCGUGGCCGUCAUUGACUCUGCGCAGCUCCAGGAACUCGUCUGCCAUGUGAUGAUGGGCAACCUGGUCAUGUUCCGGAAAGACUCGGUCCUCAACAUCCUCAUCCAGAGCCUGGACUGGGAGACAUUUGAGCAAUACUGUGCCUGGCAGCUCUUCCUGGCCCACAACAUCCCCCUGGAGACCAUCAUCCCCAUCCUACAGCAUCUCAAAUACAAGGAGCACCCGGAGGCACUGUCCUGCCUGCUGCUGCAGCUGCGGAGAGAGAAGCCCAGUGAGGAGAUGGUGAAGAUGGUCCUGAGCCGGGCCUGCCACCCCGACGACCAGUUCACCACCAGCAUCCUGCGCCACUGGUGCAUGAAGCACGACGAGCUGCUGGCCGAGCACAUCAAGUCGCUGCUCAUCAAGAAUAACAGCCUCCCUCGCAAGAGACAGAGCCUGCGGAGCUCCAGCAGCAAGCUGGCCCAGCUCACCCUGGAACAGAUCCUCGAGCAUUUGGACAACCUGCGACUCAACCUGACCAACACCAAGCAGAACUUUUUCAGCCAAACUCCGAUUCUUCAGGCCUUGCAGCAUGUCCAGGCAAGCUGUGACGAAGCCCACAAGAUGAAGUUUAGCGACCUCUUCUCCCUGGCUGAGGAAUACGAGGACUCCUCCAGCAAACCUCCCAAAAGCCGCCGGAAAGCGGCGCUCUCCAGCCCUCGGAGCCGUAAAAACGCAGCACAGCCCCCCAACGCAGAGGAAGAGUCGGGCUCCAGCAGCGCCUCGGAGGAGGAGGACACGAAGCCAAAGCCCACCAAGCGGAAACGGAAGGGCUCCUCAGCUGUGGGCUCUGACAGUGACUGAGACGCCCAGGGCUUGGUGUCACUCCCAGCACUGCCUCCCUCCACAGGAGCCUGUGGAGUCCGAGGUGGGUGGGUACCAGGUGGAGGUCUUGGAAAUGGCUCGCUCGCCUGGCUGUUGCCUGGCCCACAGGAGGGAAA